AUGGACUGCAGCAGCGGAUGCAGCCAUCAGCUGCAGCAGCAGCAGCAGCAGCACAUCGAGUACUCUGUGAGCUAUGUCUACCACUCCCUCUAUGCCUACUUCUCCCGCGACAACGUGGCGCUGCCCGGGUUUGCGGCGUUCUUCAAGGCCGGCAGCGAGGAGGAGCGGGAGCACGCGGAGCUGCUGAUGGACUACCAGAACACCCGCGGCGGCCGCGUGCGCCUGUCGUCCAUCAUGAUGCCCGAGGUGGAGUUCAACCACAUCGAGAAGGGUGACGCCCUGUACGCCAUGGAGCUGGCGCUGUCCCUUGAGAAGCUGAACUUCACCAAGCUGCGGCAGCUGCACGACGUGGCGGACGCUGAGGGUGACGCCCAGAUGUGCGAUUUUGUGGAGGGCGCGCUGCUGGCCGACCAGGUCAAGAGCGUGAAGCAGGUCGCCGAGUUUGUCAGCCAGCUGAGGCGGGUGGGCAAGGGCCUGGGCGUCUACGAGUUUGACCGCAAGCUCGCGGACCUCGUGGCGGCUGGCGGCGUCGCCUAA